CGGGGAAAAAAACCAUUUUUGUCGUUUUCUGCCAGAAAUAUCUCCACUCCCGCACUCAGCCGAAGGGGUUUGGGGUGGUUUUCCCUUUAGGGGGAAAUCAAAGCGCUGCACUGAUGCUCCUAAUUAGGGGUAGGAGAAGAGAGGCUCGUGGGCUUGCCGCAGAGGCGGAGGCAGCGAAGGCGCAGGGCCGGGAAAGCCGUGUCGGGAGGUGCGGAGAAGUUUGUUUGUGUUUCCGCUGGAUGCCGGCCCGGGCCCGGGCCCGUUCCAGGGCUGUUCCUCAGCUGCGGCUUUGCCCUUGCCCAGCCCGGGGGCCCUGAGAGCGCGGGGCGAGGCGGUGCCGUGUGCAGAGCCCGCCCCUCGCUGCGAUUGGCCGGCUGUGCCGUCAGUCGUGGUUGUGGCGCGCUGAUUGGUGAGAGCGGGGCGAAGCACGGCCCCGCUGGCGGCCUGAGGGCGGCCCUGGCUGGGCAGCGGCGCCAUUGGCGGAGCGUCUGUGCGGGCCCGGGAGCGGCGGCAGCGGCCGGAGGCCGGGGAGGCGGCAUUGGCGGAGCUGGGAGGCGGCCCCGGCGCAGGAUUUGUCAUUCCCAGGGCGUGGCUUGAUGGAGAAGGAGGAAAAGCCCCAGAGAUCCUGCAGGAGGAGGGGCUGCAAACCCAGCCCAGGGAGCUGUGGGGAGGAAAGAGCCCCCCUGAGCCAGGAAGGCGGCCGGAGAUCCAGCCAGAGCUCGGAGCUGGUGGAGAAGGCUCAUGGCAGGGAGAAGCCCCACAAGUGCUUGGAAUGUGGGCAGGGCUUCAGCCGGAGCUCCCACCUGAUUGAGCACCAGAGGAUCCACACUGGGGAACGGCCCUACGAGUGUGGGGAGUGUGGGAAGGGUUUCAGCCGGAGCUCCCACCUGAUCCAGCACCAGGUGAUCCACACUGGGGAACGGCCCUACCAGUGUGAGGAGUGUGGGCAGGGUUUCAGCCGGAGCUCCACCCUGAUCCGGCACCAGCUGAUCCACACUGGGGAACGGCCCUACGAGUGUGGGGAGUGCGGGAAGAGAUUCAGAGAUAGCUCUGACCUGAUCCAGCACCAGAGGAUCCACACUGGAGAACGGCCCUACGAGUGUCGGGAUUGUGGGAAGAGCUUCAGAGAGAGCUCUGCGCUACUCCGGCACCAGGUGAUCCACACUGGGGAACAGCCCUACGAGUGCUUGGAAUGUGGGAAGAGCUUUUGGUGCCGCUCUGCCCUGAGAAAACACCAGCGCAUCCACUCUGGGGAGAGGCCCUACGAGUGUCCCCAGUGUGGGAAGAGGUUUCAGACCAGCUCCGAUCUCCUCAAACAUAAGCGGAUUCACACAGAGGAGAGGCCCUUCCGCUGCCCCAACUGUGGGAAGGGCUUCAAGCACAACUCCAGCCUCACCAGGCACCAGCGCAUCCACACCGGGGAGAGGCCCUACGAGUGUGGGGAAUGUGGGAAGAGCUUCUCACAGAGCUCAACCUUGAUGAAACACCAACGGAGGCACCACUAAGGGAAGCCCUGUGAGUGCCCCGAGUGAGAGAAGAGCUUGGAGUGAGGGAGGAGAGUGAGGGAAGAGCUUCGUGCGCUGCUCCAGCUCCAUCCCCCAUGGGAGGCUCCGGGCUGGAUGAUCCCCAGUGACCCCCGUUGGGCAGAGCCCUGCUGAUCCGUGGUCCUGGUGAUUCCCAUUGGGUGGAGGGAAGGUGUUGGCUUCUUCUCCUUGUGCUGCUGUGAUUUGGGGGGGUUCCCAUGGAUGGGGGAGGAGACGUGAGUGGAAUUCUGGUGGACUG